AUGCUCAACAAAAUGCCUAUGCCUACUGCUGCAGACAUCGCUCGCAUGACGUACAAAGGGGCAGAACAGCUCCGGAGCGAACAGCGUCCAGGAGGGGACCCAAGUAAACUGGACUUUGGGACGGUACCGACCUGCUAUAAUUGUGACAUACCUAUCAUGGAUCGCAAAUGUCAUACUGCAAACUGGAAGACAGGGAGGUUUGGAGCACAAGGUCACAAAUUCUUUUGUGCAAAGAAUAAGGUACAUAUGGAGAAGGUCCCGCAAGUGCAAGCCCUUCUGAAGCAAUUUCCUUGGGGUCGCAUCGAGACGGAUGGCACCUUUGCCGAACCCAUUGUGCGCGCCUAUUACCAUGUCUUGGGUGCAGAGGGCUUCGGCUACUGGAGCAUUCCUGGAGGCUCCAACGCACACCUUAAACAGCCUCGGAGUAAUACUUCCGACCCAUCUAGAGCGCUUCGUGUCGACGAUGCAAAGGAAUUUGAACACGGCUAUAUGCUGCUUUCAGACAAACUGUUGACGGAUGAGACUGGCUGGAAGUUGGAGAAGCGUUUGAUCCCCCGAUUGGUUUUUGAGCUUGGCACGGAGCCCGAGCUUGCUUCCAAGGUGGAUAUCGUGGACUGGGACUCAUGGUACAAGUGGCGAAAUAUUCCCAGGGAAUCACCAGCAGCCUUGUUAUUGCAUUACCCUCUCACCGUAUACCAGCUUUUGGUGAACGUGCUCCAGGUCGCAGGGCCCAAAAGAAAUUCUUCAGAGAGUCGACAGGCACUUAACGUACACUAUAUUGGCGCCGAAGUUGAAUUGAAUAUGCUUCCCCUAUUCUCUGAACUAGCGUUGCUGCUUCCUCACACAGACAUCAAGAUGACUUUCUUCGGCAUCGCAGUCCACUCUAUCGUUAGUAAGGCGAAGAAGAAUAGCAUCGUUAUGAAGGCGAAACAGAACGAGCCAAUUUACACCUACACCAGCCCGGCAUCUUGCGGAGCCAGCACUCUGUCCAUUUUUCUUCAUGGAGAUCAUGAAAAUUGGGACCCGCGGCUCCCUUUACUCCUAAACAGCAAACCGGACGCUAUCGUCGGUCUGAAUGCUGGACUCACCAGCUAUCCAGAGUGGCAGUUCGUCAUUUUGUCUUGUCAUACUGACAAUACGCCCUUCGCCGUCACCGAAUAUGCAGAACAAUCUGCCGAACUUCAAAGAGAUGCAAUUCCUCAGAUCAUUGCACGUGCCCUCCCUCGCUUACACUCAGCAGGCAUGAAUGGUUUGGAGCUUCACAAUUUCACACGACCCAGAAAAUACCCUAUCGCAUUUAAUCCGUUUCAACGUCCUGGACAGAGAAACUUGGGCUCGGUGCAUUUACCAAACGUACCGAACGGGUUCACGAUGAGAGUGGUUGGUAACGACGAGCAGGAGAUCAUCCACCCGGUAUCCGCUGGCAUCCCUGUACCGGCUUCCGACUUGAGUGAACUACUCCAGAAGACGGAACAGUUUUCGCUGAACGGUUUGGACUGA